UCUCCCAUUUUCUCCUUCCAAUUUCUCUCCGUUUAUUGCUAUGGACCUUCUCCUUCCGAUUCCGGCGAGACUUUCCACAUUUUCACGCGCCUCCGUGUGUACUAUUUCUCCGAUCAAUCCUUUCAAUUCCAACUCAUUUACAUACCGGAGAGUUAGAACUAGAGUGAAUUGCAGUCCGAAGCCUGUGGGAGUGGAAACAAACUCGAAUUUCAACAGUAGAGAUAGUAAUAAUUGUGAAUUGAAUCUUGAAGAUGAUGAUAUUGAGGAGGCAGACGGUUUGAAGAAUGUGUGGGAAGAGACUGAGUUUGUGGAGGUAUUUGGAAUUGGAAGCCGGAAAGACGCUCUGCUUGAAUUCUGCUUAGCUUCGCCUUCUCUUUCUCCGGCUUUGAGAUUUUGGAAUAUUCUCGUGAAAGACUCAGAGAAGGUGCUAUUACAAGAGAAAGUGCCUACAGAAGAUGUUUCUUCAAGAACUGUGGAAGUUCCAUCAGCAAUAAAUUCAUGUUCCAAAGCAGUUAUACUUGUGGCUAGUGCAGCUUAUGGCUCCGAUCAUGUCCCAGCACUUGAUAUUAUAAGGAAAUUAAAGUCCAGAAAUGGACUAGCCAUCGGCAUCAUCCUGAAACCUUUCAGCUUUGAAGGACGAAGGCGCUAUGAUGAGGUCACGGAUUUGAUUGACAAACUUCAAAAGCAUGCAACUGUUUGUAUAGUUAUUGACACUGAUGGUCUCCUCAAAAAAGAUCUUUUAACUCUGGAUGAAGCUUUGAAGACUUCAUAUAAUGCUGUUCUGAUGGCUGUUAAUGCCAUUUCAAUUCUUAUGUCUGAGGAUCACAUAAAGCUUCUAGAUGCGACAGAUUGUGGUACAAAAGAACUGAGUGGUCCAGAGCUAAUAAAAAUUCUUGAAAGCUACAAAGAGGCAAAGACUGGAUUUGGAGCUGGCUACAAUGUCGAAACUUCAAUUCUGCGAGCUGUAUACGAUUGCCCAUUCUUUGGUUUGGGAGUAAAGGGGUCAAAUGGUGUGGUUAUAUGCAUUAUUGCAAGUUCAGGUGUUGUAAGUUCCAGUGAUGUGCGUAGCAUCUUGCGCACGUUUCGCCAAAUUACUGGAUGUAAUGGAGACAUUGUGAUAUCAAUUGUCCAGGAAGCCAGUAUGGAGCCAAAUAUAAUAGUUACGACUGUAGUUACAUGUGGGUACGCUGCACAGGAAUCAUCUGGAAAAACUAGUUUAUUGUCUAGACUAGCACAACAUAUUCCUUUCAUUUUUAAGAUCCUUAAGAAGCCAGAUCCACCACUUCAAACUGCCCAAGAAAGUGAAAUUGAUGAAAGUCCAGAAACUUCUGAUAUGGCAGAAUUUGUUUCUAUGGAUAAUGCACCUGAGGAUAUGUCUGUCUAUUCUGGGGAACUGCAGGCAUUAUUUCGUACCAAUGGUGAAGAAACAUCCUUUUUGAGAGAUUAUAGUAAUGUUUCUGAUGAAAGGAAGAUUGAACUGUCAAAUUCUGCCGUUGCUACUGAAGCACCUUUUGUUUUCAAAAGAGAGCUGCUCACAAGAUGGAAUCUGGGGCCAGGAAAAGACAUUUCAGAAGGCUUAGCUACAGAAGGGACCGAGAACUUGGAAGCUAAAAACAUGGUUGAUAAUACCAGCACCUACAAACUUCCAGUUGGUAUAAAGCAUAAAGAACAGCUGCAAACUAGUUCCUCAAACUCAAGAAAUUCGGGGAGGAAAUCUGAAGAAAGUAAAGGUGCACAGCCUAGAGAUAUCUCAAAUCUAUCUCAGGAUGCAGUGGAUGAAGAAUACAGCGAAAUUGUUGCAGAUGUUUACAACUCUAACCUUUCCUUAAUUGAAAGAAACUAUGCUAGUGUCCCAAAAAGGAAAGGAGUUCUGUCUACUCGGGCAGCCUCUAUGCUGGAAGCUGAACGCGAUUCAAAAAAGAAGUGGAUUCCUGUAGUUGAAAUGAAAUACAGGGGGGGUAUAUACAGAGGUCGCAUUGAAGGAGGACUUCCAGAAGGAAAGGGCUGCCUGUCUCUUGAAGAUGGAAGCAAAUACGAUGGUAUGUGGCGCUACGGGAAGAAGUCAGGGUUGGGUACAUUUUACUUCAAUAACGGUGAUACUUAUCGGGGUUCAUGGAGAGAUGAUCUCAUGCAUGGAAAGGGAUGGUUUUACUUUCAUACUGGGGAUCGAUGGUUUGUGAGCUUCUGGAAGGGAAAGGCUAAUGGAGAAGGCCGUUUCUAUUCAAAGCUUGGUGAUGUAUUCUUUGGACACUUUAAAGAUGGAUUGCGCCAUGGUCAUUUUCUUUGUAUCAACAUUGAUGGGACGAGGAGUAUCGAGGUAUGGGAUGAAGGCCUUCUUCAAAGCCGAAAGAAUUUGGAUUCUGACACCGAAACCGGGUAGACUGUUUGUGUAUUUGUGAAAAUAUGCUCUCCUUCGUCCGUUCAUGGUGUCCUUAAGAAACAAAUGCAGAAGAAUAGCAACAGAGGGCGGGGUGCCUCUUCGAAGAGUUUUCUUCAAUCGACUUCAAUGAUCAUAGCAACUAUGCUUUAGCGGCAGCAGCAGCAGCUCAAUUAUAAUCAGUAAUGUUAUAUAGCACACCCUCUGAUCAUUUGUUCUUUAUCUGUACUAGUGAAUCCAAAUUGAAAUCUCCAAUUCAAACAGAUCUUUGGUAUUAUUAUGUAAAUAGUAAUUUUAUGUAUUUUUUACACCUAGGGGCAUAGCCUUUUUUUUUUUUGGCAGCGCC